GACUCCUCACUCCACAGACAUGUCGCACAAUAGCUGAAGUAAACCUGUCAUCGCGGCUCGUCCUCCCGAGCCUCCAGAAUAAAGAGAAAAGAGAAGGUCUCUCAGGGUCGGAUCGGAGCUGCAGCCUCUCCUCGGUCGCUCCUCUCGCAUCGGACUCUACGUUUUGCAAAACGCUUGGAUAUGAAUUAUGAGCAUUUUCCUCACUAAUGAACCGGGCCAGUAAUGCAGGAGACCGCGGCGACUCUCUCAUCACUGUUUCAAGAUGGCAGAUUUUCAUUGAGUUUUGAGCAGAAAUCUCGCUUCAUUUUUUGCCAUGAAUAACAGAAAUCCUUGCACCGAUGGCCCCUGUAUACGAAGGUAUGGCCUCGCAAGUGCAAGUGUUCUCCCCUCACACUCUCCAAUCAAGUGCCUUCUUUAGCGUGAAGAAACUGAAGGUGGAGCAGAGUUGCAACUGGGAUAUGACAGGGUACGGCACACACAGCAAAGUCUACAGCCACAAUAGCAGCAAAAACUUGUCGGCCACCAGCGGCCCCCUCGGCAUCAACAGCUCCCUGCAGGUCGCCAGCACCACCCUGCCCUACGAGCAGGCGCUCAUCUUUCCAGCCAGCGCGGGCCACAUCGUGGUCGCGUCAGCCAGCAGCACUUCGGGGGCCGUUGGGUCUCUGCUGGGCAGCGGGGGUGGAGGCAGCAGCAGCAACAGCAGUGGAGGUGGGGGCGGUGGUAGUUUGGGUGGUGGGAUUGGUGUCCACAACCUGACACGCCGUAGCACGGUCAGUCUUCUGGACACCUACCAGAGAUGCGGGCUUAAACGCAAGAGCGAGGAACUCGACAACAACAGCAGUGUGCAGAUCAUUGAGGAGCACGGCCCACCCAUGAUUCAGAACGGAGCAGCCAGUGGAGCCACGGUGGCCACAGUGGCCACCGCGACCUCCACGGCAACAUCCAAGAACAGCGGCUCCAACAGCGAGGGGGACUACCAGCUGGUGCAGCAUGAAGUGCUCUGCUCCAUGACCAACACUUAUGAAGUGCUCGAAUUCUUGGGGAGAGGAACCUUUGGACAGGUCGUCAAGUGCUGGAAGAGGGGCACCAACGAGAUCGUGGCUAUCAAGAUCUUGAAAAACCACCCGUCUUAUGCACGGCAGGGUCAGAUCGAGGUUAGCAUCCUGGCGCGUCUCAGCACGGAGAGUGCGGAUGACUACAACUUUGUGAGGGCCUACGAGUGCUUCCAGCACAAGAACCACACGUGCCUGGUGUUUGAGAUGCUGGAGCAGAACCUGUACGACUUCCUCAAGCAGAACAAGUUCAGCCCUUUGCCGCUCAAAUACAUCAGACCCGUGCUACAGCAAGUGGCCACAGCGCUAAUGAAGCUGAAGAGCCUGGGGCUGAUCCAUGCGGACCUAAAGCCGGAGAACAUCAUGCUCGUGGACCCGUCUCGACAACCCUACAGGGUCAAAGUGAUUGACUUUGGAUCUGCCAGCCACGUGUCCAAAGCAGUCUGCUCCACCUAUCUACAGUCCAGAUACUACAGGGCUCCAGAGAUCAUCCUCGGCCUGCCGUUCUGUGAGGCCAUAGACAUGUGGUCCCUGGGCUGUGUGAUAGCUGAGCUCUUCCUGGGAUGGCCCCUCUACCCCGGAGCCUCAGAGUACGAUCAGAUCCGGUACAUCUCACAGACACAGGGUCUGCCUGCAGAGUAUCUGCUGAGUGCAGGGACAAAGACCACCAGGUUCUUCAACAGAGAGACAGACUCCACCUAUCCUCUGUGGAGACUUAAGACUCCGGAGGACCACGAGGGUGAAACAGGGAUCAAGUCCAAGGAGGCUCGCAAGUACAUCUUCAACUGCCUGGAUGACAUGGCGCAGGUGAACAUGACGUCAGACUUGGAGGGCAGCGAGAUGCUGGCGGAGAAGGCCGACAGGAGGGAGUUCAUCGACUUGUUGACUAAGAUGUUGACCAUCGACGCAGACAAGAGGAUCACCCCCAUCGAAACGCUCAACCACCCCUUUGUGACGAUGACGCACCUCCUCGAUUUCCCACACAGCACACACGUCAAGUCCUGCUUCCAAAACAUGGAGAUCUGCAAGCGCCGUGUCAACAUGUACGACACAGUCAACCAGAGCAAGACACCCUUUAUCGCCCACGUGGCCCCCAGCACCUCCACCAACCUCACCAUGACCUUCAACAACCAGCUGAACACUGUGCACAGCCAGGCCACCAACCUGGCUCCCUCCUCCACCAACAAUGCCACCCUUUCCUUUGCAAGUCCUGAUGUCUCCAUACUAAACUACCAAUCUGCACUCUACCAGCCUUCCGCUGCCUCCAUGGCAGCCGUGGCCCAGAGGAGCAUGCCCCUGCAGCCGGGGGCUCCCCAGCUCUGCGCUGCCCGGCCUGACCCCUUCCAGCAAGCGCUCAUCGUCUGCCCACCUGGCUUCCAAGGGCUGCAGGCGUCCCCUUCCAAGCACACCGGUUAUUCUGUGCGGAUGGAGAAUGCUGUUCCCAUAGUGACCCAGGCCCCUGGUGCCCAGCCUCUUCAGAUCCAACCGGGUCUGCUCACACAGCAGGCCUGGCCCAGCGGCACCCAGCAGAUCCUGUUGCCUCCAGCGUGGCAGCAGCUCACCCACACCUCAGUCCAGCAUGCCACUGUCAUCCCCGACUCCAUGAGCAGCACGCAGCCACUCGGCAACUGGAGGAAUCCCCAUCCUCAUGGCAGCCAUUAUAAUCCCAUCAUGCAGCAGCCAGCAUUGUUAGCCGGCCACGUCACUCUCCCAUCAAACCAGACGCUAAACGUUGGAGUGGCACAUGUAAUGAGGCAGCCCCCAGCCAAUAACAACUCCUCUUCCAAAAAGAGCAAACAGCACCAGAUGUCUGCCAGGAACAUGUCAGCCUAUGAGGUGUCGUCCUCUCAGGCGGUGCUGUCCCCGCAGCGCUCCAAGCGGGUGAAGGAGAACACGCCUCCCCGCUGCGCUGUGCUACAGAACGGCUCAACCUCCAACUGCCCGCCCCAGCAGGGCUGUGGGGGCAGCAGUUGGGGGGUUAACGAAGCGGAGCAAGCUUCCAGCACCACCCACGACCAUCAGCACCAGCAUCACGUCCCCAGACAGACCAUAAUCAUCCCCGACACGCCCAGCCCUGCAGUCAGCAUCAUCACCAUCAGCAGUGACACGGACGAGGAAGACGAUCACAAACAGAAAAACAGAUCGUCGACGAAGCAGCGGAAGAAUGUCAUCAGCUGUGUGACGGUCCACGAUUCACCCGACUCUGACUGUUCCAGCAACAACAGCCCAUACACUGUGGAGUCCAGACCCCCCAACAACAACAGCUACGACACAAAGACCACCAUCCUGGACAACUACAACAACGGAAACCCCCGCACCAUCAUCAUCCCCCCUCUCAAAACCCAGAACGGUGAGGUCCCCAAUGAGUGUGAGCGGCUCAUGCCAGAAGCAAUGAACCAUCUGAAUUCAGCGUACAAGUUCAAAUCCACUGGCAUGGUGUCUGGCAAUAAUCACAUACCAGGAGGCUUGGCAGGAGGUGGGUCCUACCGCCAGCGCUCAGGGCCCCACCACCUCCAGCAGCAGCCUCUCAAUCUCAGCCAGGCCCAGCAGCACAUGGUAGCCGAGCGAAAUGGAGGUCAUCGGCGCCAGCAGGCCUACAUCACCCCAACCAUCGCCGCUCAGGCCCCGUACUCCUUCCAUCACAACAGCCCUUCCCACACAGGCAACGUCCACCCGCACCUGACCGCCGCACACCUGCCCAGCCAGCCCCACCUGUACGCCUACACCACCCCUGCCGCCCUGGGCUCCACCGGCACUGUGGCUCACCUGGUAGCGACGCAGGGUUCGGCACGCCAUGCCGUUCAGCACGGAAGCUACCCACCCAGCAUCGUCCACCAGGUCCCGGUGAGCAUGGGCCACCGUGUGCUGCCCUCCCCCACCCUGCACCACAGUCAGUACCAGGCCCAGUUCGCCCACCAGGCCUACAUCAGCGCCUCGCCCGCCUCCACUGUCUACACUGGAUACCCGCUGAGCCCCACCAAGGUCAACCAGUACCCUUACCUCUAGAGAAGACACUGACUGACACUGGAGAGCCUGACCCAGCUCUGCUGCUUCCCCCGAACCCCCCCCCCCCCCCCGCCCUGA